CGUUUCGCCAUGACGUAACGCCGUCAGUUGUGUGAGCAGAGCGGCGGAUGCUUGGACGAGCGAGCGCACUUUUACCCACCACUAGCAAGCUUUCACCACUUGUCUGUAGCACUCUGAGCCGCCAGACUCGCGCACUAUCCCACCGCUGUCAUAGUAGCCUGCGAUUGGCUCCAUCUCCGAACCGUCCCCGUCUACCGAAGCAGACCACUGCCACUCUACGAAGGAUGGCCUCAUCAGAAGGCUCCAAAUCAGCCAAGCGACUCAACAAGCCCGAGCUCUUCCACGAAGCAGCCUUCAUCAAUGGCAAAUUCAUCACUCAGGCGACGAGCGGGGGAACUUUUGCCGUCACUGAUCCUGCGACAGAAGAAGUGAUUGGCCAUGUUCCCGAUCAAGGCGUCAAAGAGACGCAAGAGGCUAUCCAACAUGCUUACAAAGCCUACCAGUCCUGGUCAAAGACGACAGGACGACAGCGACACGAUAUCAUGAAGAAGUUCUAUGAUCUCCUCGUGGCCAACUCUGACGACAUUGCGACCAUUAUCACACUGGAGAACGGCAAGCCUCUGGCAGAUGCAAAGGGAGAAGCAACAUACGGCGCAAGCUUCAUCGAGUGGUUCGCAGAAGAAGCAGUACGCGAUUAUGGCGACAUCAUUCCCUCGCCCGUUGCCGGCCAGAGGAAUCUCGUCAUCAAGCAAGGCGUCGGCGUCUGCGCUGCAAUCUGCCCAUGGAACUUUCCGCUCGCCAUGAUCACGCGAAAGAUGGGUGCAGCACUGGCUGCAGGCUGCAGUGUCGUCGUCAAAGCACCGGCCGAGACGCCUUUUACCUGCUUAGCUUUGGUCCAUCUGGCCCAGGAAGCUGGCAUUCCGGAUGGACUCAUCAAUAUCGUCACGACCGAUAAGCACAUGAAGGACGUCGGCAAGGAGCUUUGCGAGAACAAGACUGUCAAGAAGAUUACGUUCACAGGCUCGACGGGCGUCGGCAAAUUGCUCAUGUCACAAGCCUCGUCUACACUCAAGAAAUGCUCUUUCGAGCUCGGUGGCAAUGCGCCUUUCAUCGUCUUUGAUGAUGCCGAUAUCGAUGCAGCGGUAGCGGGCGCCAUCGCUUGCAAGUUCAGAUCCUCGGGUCAGACUUGCGUCUGCGCGAAUCGUCUAUACGUUCAAUCUGGCGUUUACGCCGAGUUUGCAUCAAGACUGGCCGAGAAAGUGGACAAGUUCAAAGUAGGCAACGGGUUCGAGGAAGGAACGACACACGGUCCACUCAUUCAUGCACGGGCUAUGGAGAAGGUCGAGAAGCACGUCGAAGAUGCAAAGAAGCGAGGUGGUCAAGUCAUCGUGGGCGGGAAGCGCAUCAAGGGCAACUUUUUCGAGCCUACCGUCAUCACUGACGUGCCCAACGACAUCAUGAUUGCUCAGGACGAGACAUUCGGACCUGUCGCUGCGCUAUUCAAGUUCGAGACAGAAGAGGAUGUCCUCAAGCUUGCUAACGAUACAGACGUUGGACUUUCUGGCUACUUCUACUCAAAGGACGUGGGCCGGAUCUUCCGGGUUGCGGAAGCCCUCGAAGUCGGCAUGGUCGGUGUGAACACAGGCAUGCUGUCUCAAUCUUGCAUACCGUUCGGAGGAAUCAAGGAGUCCGGCUUCGGAAGAGAAGGAAGCAAGUAUGGCCUCGCAGAGUACACGACCGUCAAACUCAUCACGCUCGCGAUAUGAUGUUGUCACGUGACUCCGAUGAUCAAAUUCUUCCUUUGGGUUCCGCA